AUAAUUAUUGUCCAGACCCUUUCACAAUGAUGCAAAGCUCUUUUAAUGGUGGAAACAAUGGUGAAAGUGAACUCUUUCCUCAACAAAGGGUUCCAACAAUUUGUGCCAUCAACAUUGAUCUAGGUGGGAUCUUCAUGAGCAUUGAGGGUUUUCGAUUUUGAAGAUUGUCGUAAAAAGGGUUUGAUCCGAUUCUGGUUUAUAUCAUUCUGAUGAAAGCAAGAAACUCUUUACAAUUCCCAUAUCUAUACGCUGGUCUCCAAUUAAGGCAACUUGGUGAAUCUACAAGACACAAAUCUCUUAGGAACGUCGUAUCAUGGCGCGUGACCAGUCAAGUUAUCGCAUGACAAUGUUACUCGCGACCAUAUUCACCCAUUUGUUAGGGGUAUCGAUUACUCUCCUCGUGUUGUUUUGGCUCCUGAACUUCAGGGAAGGCUUUGCUUUCACUUCAGAUGUGAAAUUCAAGAUUUUCAAUUUGCAUCCACUUCUCAUGAUACUUGGAUUCAUUAUUUUUUCCGGGGAAGCAAUCAUCAUAUACAAAGCAAUCCCAGCAACGAGGCGCGUGCUUAAACUAACUCACCUAAUAUUUCAUUUGAUCGCGCUUGGCACCGGAAUUUUGGGCGUGUAUGUAGUCUUCAAGUUUCAUAAUGAACUCGAUAUCCCACAUAUGUACACAUUACAUUCCUGGAUCGGUUUGUCUACCAUCUGCUUAUUCGGGCUUCAAUUGCUAUUGGGAUUUGUCACAUUUUUGUUUCCGGGUGCUGAAUCAGCAACACGGGCAAGACUCGCUCCAUGGCAUGUUCUCUUUGGUCUAGUCAUAUUUGCUAUGGCGAUAGUGACCGCCGAGACAGGAAUAACAGAGAAAUUUGUUUUUCUAAAGUUGAAGCAAGGUCAAGAAGCGCUUGUGGUCAAUUUUAUAGGAUUGUUGAUACUACUAUUUGGUAUAUUUGUUGGUCUUGUUGUUGCUCUUCCUCUACGAAGGAAAUAGCCAUUAAAACAAAUGUUAAUGGACACGAUUUGAAUAACCAAUUAAAUUCAUUUUU